UGAAUAUAGAAGAGAGGAAUAUCACACAGCAUGGGGAAGAUCAUCAGUUAUUAGGAGCAUCUAUGGCAGUAUUCAAUGACAGUGUUGUUAUUUGUGCACCUCUAUGGAAAAUGAUGAAAGGGAAUUUGAGUGAUCCCGUUGGUCGAUGUUAUAGCGUAGACAAAUCUCUAGGACAUGAUCAAAGUACAAUCUUAAAUUUAUUCACUAAUGAAAGUGGGAACAGUUAUGCACAAGCAGGGUUUUCAUUAUCACCGAAGGAGUUACAGGACAAACAAAGGCAGACAGUUCUUAUAGGUGCACCCGGACUCAAUCAUUGGAAAGGUGGUUUUGUACGUCUAAAUAUGGAAAACACACAGAGGUUUCAGAUGUACUCUCAUGGAAAAAUACAUUCUGAUAUAAAGAAUGCAAUUGUGAAUAACACAUUAAUGGGAUAUUCAAUAACAACUGGAAAGCUGGCACUGAGACAUGACUGUUUGAAAGCAGUGGUAUUGGGGGCACCGUACUUCAAGGCAACAGAAGGAACUAUAGGCUCUGUAUUGGUCGUAUGUCUGCAGAAUGAUGAGAGUUUGGUGGUAAAAAAACAAGUUUCAGGUAAAAAGCAUGGAAGUGGGUUUGGGACUGCUCUUGUGUUCGAAGACAUUAAUGGAGAUGGUUUAGAUGACCUGAUUGUAGGUGCUCCUUUCAAUCGUAUUGACUCUGGAGAAGUAUAUGUUUAUUAUGGAUCUGAUACCGAUGAUGUGUUAGUGAAGAGUGAACAAGAACUGAUAAUGUCCGUUCCAGGGAGGUUUGGUUCUGCAAUACAGUGUGUAGGUGACCUAAACAAGGAUGGUUACAAAGAUAUUGCAGUCGGUGCCCCAUAUCAGCGUGACCUUAGAGGUUCAGUUUACAUCUAUAAUGGUGGACCUACGAGUCUUAUCUUCACACAGGAAAUACGAUCUGAGGAGGUCGGAAAAAAUCUAUUAUCGUUUGGAUGGUUUAUUUCUACCUCAUUUGAUAUUGACCACAACGGAUAUGCAGAUUUUGCUGUCGGUUCAUACUUGUCAGAUACAGUUUUGGUAUUGCGGACAAGGGCCAUUAUAGAUCUGACGUGUCAAAUGAAUAUUACACCGUUGUCAAUACCAUUAAAUUCUUCUGGGCUUCACUGCCACAAUGAUAACUUCAAUCCAUGCGCUAGACUGAAUAUAUGUUUCAACUAUACUGGACUACGAAUUUCAGAGAAUAUAUCUGUUUCCUACACAAUAAACAUAGACACUAACAGAACAAAGACAGUACCAAGUAGAGUUGCAAUAUUCUAUAACAACACAUACCAUAAGGAUACAUUCAGCCAAUAUGAUGUGAUGAUAAGUAAAGGCGGGGAAUCAUGUUCAUCAGUUAACAUUGUUGUUCCGAUUGUUACUAGGCAGUUUCUAGAAACACUUACAGAUAAGCUAUACGUGGAAGCGUCAUUUAGCCUUAGCGAGAAUCAACCACCUGGAAAACUAAAACCUAUCCUGAACAACAAGCCAAGAACACAGAAAGUAUUGGCGAUGUUUGAAUCCGGUUGUAAUGGUACAUGCUAUCCAAAUUUAAAGCUGUCACUUACUUCAAAACCAAACGUUAUCAUUUUUGGGAAAACAGUUGAAAUAGACAUACAAUUGAAAGUAACUAACUCCGACGAUCAAUCUCAUGGGACAAGGUUUAUCAUCUUAGCAUCACACAACACGGAUUAUCUUGGUUUUUAUCAACCGCAGCAUCAAGGAACCGAGUUAGGAACUUGUAUAGAUCCAAUGAAUGUUUCUGUUGUCUACUGUGACCUUGAUAAGAGUUUAUUUCAACAACAAGUGGGCUUAUUCAACCUACGAUAUAAUGUUUCUAAACACCGACUAACCGACCAAAACAUAGAUGUGUAUCAUGCAACUAAGAGUGUUGUAUAUGCUGUGAAUGUAUCCUCAACAAGUUCCGAUCUUGAUUGGUCUGACAACAAUCUUCAACUAGAAGUGCCGAUACAAUAUGUGUCAGAAAUUCAACUAACAGGUAUUUCAGAUCCAGAACAAGUAACACUGUCAGCUGUCUCCAGCAUUAAGUUGGUUCACACGUAUCACGUGUACAACAUGGGUCCAAGUCCGAUGGCUUCAGCUGUUGUUAGAGUUUGUUUUCCCGUAGUUUCAACACAAGUUCAGGCUAAAUCUACAAGCGAUAAAAUAACAUGGAAGGUUGAUGAGAAAACGAUUGAUAAGAUGCUUGAUGGAGAAAGUCAUAUUUCGCAGAAAAACACAGAAAAGAAAACAACGUUUGGUGAAAUAUCAUGUGGUACUGUUGACGAAUCUAUGAACGUAAUAUAUGACGUCACAAUCACACAGUUAGACAUAGAAGAAACCGUUGAGAUUGACUUUCAUGUUGUUCUUCAAAAAAGUGAUUUGAUAUUUGAUAAGGUACCUGCUAUUCUAUUCAAAUCAACAGGAAAAGUUAAAACAACAAAUAGGAGAGACUAUACAAUCACAUCCUUGAAUGCAACUUUCCAGGUGACGUCAGAGAUUUUUCCGAUGAAUUUUGCUGCGGAAACUGGCAGAAUAUCACUUUGGAUAAUUAUUGGUGGAUGUGUCGGUGGUCUGGCAUUACUUGUAAUACUUGGUGUAGUUUUAUGGAAGGUUGGAUUUUUCCAAAGAAAAAAGAAAGACGACAUUAACAAAUGGAAAAGACAGUCUGGGUAUUAUGCCUCCAGAAAAAGUCAAACUAUUGAUCAUGUUCCGAGACAAUCAAACAUGGUUAAUUCUGUCCACUGGUAAAAUCGGACCAAUCUAAUAUCAUAUAACUCUGUCCUUUCACUUGUCCAGACAUCUAAUAAAUAAUACUCGUGA